CCUUACCUUUCGAAAGCAGAGACGAGAAAGACCACGCUGAAGCAUAGACACGAGGAAGUAAUGAAUUGUGGGUUAUGCGCAUGCGCACGGUGGCCGUGGCGCCAAUACGGUAAGGAAUAAAUUGUGCUGCAUGUCAGUGCUCCAUCAUAACGACUGCAGUUGGCCUCUUGGUCCAAGCUGCACGAGAUUCACUGCUCCUGGAUUUCCAGUCAUGUUUAUUUCAUAACGAUGGCGUCAAGGGGCCCUGUGAACUAAAUGACUGUCAGAAAUAUCGCCUCCAUUUGUAAUAUGGGCACCAAUGCCUCUGCUCUGGAGAAAGACAUUGGUCCAGAGCAGUUCCCCAUUAAUGAACACUACUUUGGAUUGGUCAAUUUUGGGAACACGUGCUACUGUAACUCAGUGCUGCAGGCGCUGUAUUUCUGCAGGCCGUUCAGGGAGAGCGUGCUGGCCUACAAGACACAACAGAAGAAGAAGGAGAACCUGCUGACCUGCCUGGCCGACCUCUUCCACAGCAUCGCCACCCAGAAGAAGAAGGUUGGAGUCAUCCCUCCUAAGAAGUUCAUCUCUCGCCUGAGAAAAGAAAACGACCUGUUUGAUAACUACAUGCAGCAGGACGCUCAUGAGUUCCUCAACUACCUGCUGAACACGGUGGCAGACAUCCUGCAGGAGGAGAAGAAACAGGAGAAACAAAACGGUCGGCUGAAGAACAACGGAAGUACCGUCACUGCCGAAACGGAGACUGAAAACAAGACCGAGUCCACGUGGGUGCACGACAUCUUCCAGGGAACGCUGACCAACGAGACACGCUGCCUGAACUGCGAGACGGUAAGCAGUAAAGAUGAGGACUUCCUGGAUUUGUCUGUGGAUGUUGAACAAAACACUUCAAUAACACACUGUCUCAGGGACUUCAGUAACACGGAGACGCUGUGCAGUGAGUAUAAAUACUACUGUGAAAUCUGCUGCAGCAAGCAAGAGGCCCAGAAACGCAUGCGAGUGAAGAAGUUACCCAUGAUCUUAGCCCUGCACCUGAAACGUUUUAAGUACAUGGAGCAGUUGCAGCGCUACACGAAGCUGAGCUACCGCGUGGUCUUUCCGCUCGAGCUGCGCCUCUUCAACACGUCCGCCGACGCCGUCAACCUUGACCGCAUGUACGACCUCGUGGCUGUUGUGGUGCACUGCGGCAGUGGGCCAAAUAGAGGACACUACAUCACAAUCGUGAAGAGUCACGGCUUCUGGCUGCUGUUUGACGAUGACAUCGUGGAGAAAAUUGAUGCACAGGCAAUAGAGGAGUUCUACGGUUUGACUUCUGACAUCUCUAAGAACUCUGAGUCAGGAUACAUCCUUUUUUAUCAGUCCAGGGAGUGACAGGAUGAAAGGAUGAACACCGAGCGGGGAAAAAAAUAUACAGAAGAGAUGUAGUUCAAUUAUUAACACCAUUUUAUCUAUAGUCCAGUCUCUCUCUCACACACACACACACACACACACACACACAUUAUUACUCCCAUUCUCACUCACACACACUCUCACACUCAGGAGCAAUUUCUGAGAGCUGUGCCAAUAGCACCCUGACCUCAUUUUUGCCAAUACUGCAUUUCCCAGAAUCUCCUCCUCUCCAUCAUCACUGCACUCUGGCGGUGAACUAUGUGGGGUUUUUUUGCUUGUAGGGGAAGUGGCGUGUGUGUGUGUGUGGGUGGUGUGGGGU